AUGAAGUACGCCAUUACUUUCGGUGCCGCUGUGGCCCCCAUGGUCGCCGCCCACGGUAUGAUCAAGACGCCCACUCCUCGUAGCGCUGGUACCGCCAUGUCGUCUGCUUGCGGAUCUCAGAUCUACAACAUGAUGAGCUCCGACUCGUACGGCAACAUCCAGGGUGAGACGCAGCUCAUUGGCAGCGACUUCACCGACGAGUGCAACCUCUGGCAGUGCAAGGGAAUGCAGUACUCGGACAACACGGCCAACGUCCAGAGCUACUCGACCGGCGACGUUGUCGACAUUACCUACGACAUUCGCGCCCCCCACACCGGUACCGCCAAUGUCAGUAUCGUCGACACGGCCUCCAACACCAUCAUUGGUGAUGUUCUCGCCUACUGGAGCGUCUUCGCCUCCAACUCGCAGGCCAGCGCUGCCAACGAGACCUCCUUCUCCAUCACCAUUCCCGAUCUUGGUGGCAAGUGUACCACUGGCGGCGAGUGUGUCAUUCAGCACUACUGGGACAGUCAGUCCGCUGGUCAGACUUAUGAGUCUUGCAUCGACUUUACUGUCGGCGGCUCCAGCAGCGGUAGCUCUGGAAGCGCCAGCACUACUACUGCUGCCGCCACCAGCGCCGCCGCUGCCACUUCUCAGGUGGCCACCACUUCCCAGGCCGCCACCAGCGUCGUUGCCGUGAGCAGCACCAAGUCGGUCGUUUCCGCCGCUGCCACCAGCUCCGCCGCCGCCGAGACUGGCGACGAUGAUGAGGAUGACAGCUGCGAUGCCGACGAUGAUGAUGAGGCCGAGGAUGCUGGCGAUGACGAGGACGACGACAGCUGCGAUGCUGACGACGAGGAUGACGAGCCCGUCGCCAGCUCUGCUCCCGCCUCGAGCGCUGCUCCCACCACUCUGGUCACCCGUACCUCCACCGCUGCCGCCCAGGCUACCUCUGCUGCUAGCUCUGGCUCCAGCUCUGGAUCCGUCGCUCUCUACGGCCAGUGUGGCGGUAUCAACUACUCCGGAAGCACCACCUGCGCUUCGGGUACCUGCACUGUCAUGAACGACUACUACUCUCAGUGCGUCUAA